GUGGGACUAAGUAAUAUAGAAAAGUAGAAAACAAAUCAAUAUAAAAAAAAAAAAAAAAAAAAACAGACAGCGACGGGAUUCAAAUCCCUGACGUGCGAGAUUCAAUAAUGUGCUGAGAGACAACCUCUACAACACAUCUUCCUAGGCUUUCCAACCCUAGCACAUAUGUCGACGUCUUCCUCUCUUUCAACGGCGCCCACAAACUCGGUGCAGCCGAACUCUACCACCACCACGCCGCUCAUCAGCGCGGCUCUCCAGACCAAUGGCCAGCCACCAGCGCCCAGCCGAAUGGAGCAGCUCUCUUCCUCAGGCGUCACUCUCUCACCGCAGCUCUCUUCCUCCUCUCGGAUGCAUCUGCCGCCUCCACCGAUCGGGUCUUACCGGCUUUUCAACAUGCCAGACCCUUUCACAUGGACACCUGCAGUAUCAACGACGACACAGGCUCCUCCAGCUCACGGCCAGCAGGGGUGGCAGCAGGGACCUCCUCGGGGUCAUGCACCGGCUGGAUUUCCAGGAUUUCCUCCUGUUGAGAAUAAUUAUCACAAUCCUCCUCCACCUGUUGUAUGUCAAUUGUGUUAUUCUCCUGGCCACUCCGCCAUCACAUGUCCUCGUUUUACUAAUCCCUCUACACCAGCUCUGGCGGCUAUUCCCACAGGUGAAACAAAUGCAUCUGUCUGGUAUCCUGACUCAGGUGCCUCUGCUCAUAUGACCCCGCAUGAAGGACAAUCACACGGGAGCCAAUCUUCUCCGGGCAUCCAAUAAAGACUCCGUAUAUCCCUUUAGAGCAUCUCGGCCGUCACCACCUUCUCUAGCUUUCCAGACUACGCUUGUUUCGGGUUCAGUCUGGCACAACCGUCUUGGCCAUUGUGGGAAUCGUGUUUUAUCUUCUCUUAGGACAGAUAAAUUAAUUCCUAGUACUAACUCUUUUUCGCACGACUGUGUUUCAUGUAAACUGGGCAAGCCCCACCGCCUUCCCUUUCAUGAUGUUACUCAUACUGUUAAU